ACCACGCCUAUAAAAAUAUGGCGUCUGAUAAGCCAAGUCGAGAGCAGCAGAGUCCAGAAAUGAUAGCAUUUCAUUCUCAGUACAGUGCUCUGGCCGACACACUCUCUGGGAAUCAAUCAGUCAUCCUUCCAUUUGCUACUCAUCUCUACACUAACGAUAUAAUAGACAAGACGGUGCAUCAAAAUGUACAGGACUCGAGGAAUCCCCCAUACGAGAGGGCAGUCACCAUACUCUCUGCCAUCGAGUCAGUUAAAAUGAAGCUAUUGCCAGAGAAGACGUUCAGAGCAGUUGUGUUAGCCUUGAGAAAGAUUGAUUUAAGCAUGACGGCUAACAAACUUAUUGAAGCACUUGAGGCUAGUGGUGGUACAGUUCCCCCUGAUUUGGUUCCUCAACUUUCGCCCAACGAAAGUAGAACCUCUCUCCCUGGUGAUUCACAAUUACCAGUCCUUGAAGAUACUGAGCCUGAUAUUAAUGAUUUAAUGAAUUUUGUUGCAGUUCACAUAGUUGGAGAUCAAUGGAAGAUGUUAGCUAACAGUCUUGAUUUUGAUGAAGCAGAGAUUGAAUCAAUAGCUAUCAACAAUCAGGAUGAAGUGUUGGAGUGCUGCAGGGAUUUAUUCAACACCUGGAGGAGUAAGGCUUACCCUCCAUAUCUCUGGUCUGAGCUCCAGACUAGACUGUGCAGUCCUACUGUGAAGUUAAAUGCUGUAGCUCAAGAAAUACCAAAAAGGAGAGAGAAACAAAAGGAGAUGGAUAAGAAAUAUGAAAUUUACCAACACUUUGACUCACCAACGAUUGCAGUGCUAAUGCAAAAGGUAGGUUGUGAGGUCUCAGAUAAAUGGAGGGGGAUAGGGAGUGAGCUGGGACUGAGUCCAUCUACAUUGAGCACCAUUGGGAGAAAGCGUGGAGAUGAUACUCUCAAGAUUAUGGAAGUUUUCUCAAAAUGGCAGGCACAGCUAACUACUCCUAAUACCUGGUCUAGUGUAUUGAUUGCUCUCUCCUCUCCUCAGGUCAAAGAGAGGAAACUAGCUGACAUUAUUUGUAGUGAUUUGAAAAAAUAAUUGUUACUAUUUUUGUGUAAUCAUUAGUGUAUAGUGUCUCUGAGUGUAAGUUGACAAUUAAAAAUUUUAUUUUAUAAUUUUUACACUUAAAUUUAGUCAUAAUUGAAAAAGGAAA